AUGUACUUUAAGGAGCUUCUUCUUCUUUGGGAAAACAUCAAAUGGCUCAUUGACUUUUUCCUGGGUGGAUCCCUAAAGGAUGAGGUUCUAAAGAUCAUGCCAGUGCAGAAGCAGACUUGGGCUGGCCAGUGGACCAGGUUCAAGGCUUUUGUCGCUAUUGGGGACUACAAUGGUCAUGUUGGUCUUGGUGUUAAGUGCUCCAAGGAAGUAGCUACUGCCAUCCGAGGGGCCAUCAUCUUGGCCAAGCUGUCCAUUGUCCCUGUGUGGAGAGUCUACUGGGGGAACAAGAUUGGCAAGCUUUACACUGUUCUGUGCAAAGUGACAGGCUGCUGUGGCUCUGUGUUGGUGCGUCUCAUCCCUGCCCCCAGAGGCACUGGCAUUGUCUCUGCUCCUGUGCCUAAGAAGCUACUGAUGAUGGCCGGUAUUGAUGACUGCUACACAUCAGCCAGGGGCUGCACUCCCACCCUGGACAACUUUGCCAAGGCCACCUUUGAUGCCAUCUCCAAGACCUACAGCUACCUGACCCCCGACCUCUGGAAAGAGACUGUGUUCACCAAAUCUCCUUAUCAGGAAUUCACUGACCAUCUUGUGAAAACCCACACCAGAGUGUCUGUUCAGAGGACCCAGGCUCCAGCUGUGGCCACCACAUAAGGGUUUUUGUGCAA